AUGCACGACGUUGUCUGCGAUGCAAAUUUGCUGGUGUCGCAUAUACAGACGGCCAGUGGGAGUAAUGAGCUCCUCGGCACCGCCACGAAGCAGUUUGUCGCCCAGGAAAAUACGAUCGAGUGCACGGCACAGGCGAUUCAACGGCUUGAACAGCUAGCUGACGGGUUGCAUGAGCAAUUUGCAACUGCUGGAGAUAUAUGCAAAGACGUCACCGAGGUCCAAGACACGCUUCAUCAGAUCGAAAAUGCCAAAUACACCUCG